AUGCCCUUUUCGAAUCACACAGUCACCUUUAUAAAAACAAAAUAUAGACAGCAAAUAGUUUCUUGCUUUUUUUUGUGGGGGGCGGGGGUAUUUUUAACGACUUUUCUUUUUUACUAUUUAUUAUUUCUUUUUCAUUCUUUUCCAAAUUGUCCUUUCUCAUUUUUUUCUUUCUACUUUUUAAUUUACUAUAUUUUAAUUUCUCUCUCUCUCUUAUUUUUUUCUCUCUCUCUCUUAUUUCUCUCUCUUAUUUUUUCUCUCUCUUUUUUUUCUCUCUCUCUCUUUUUUUUUUUUUUCUCUCUCUCUUUUUUUCUCUCUCUCUUUUUUUUUUCUCUCUCUCUCUCUUUUUUUUUCUCUCUCUCUCUCUUUUUUUCUUCUCUCUUUCUUUCUCUCUUUUUUUUCUCUCUCUCUUAUUUUUUCUCUCUCUCUCUUAUCUCUUUUUUUCUCUUAUUUUUCUCUCUCUCUUCUUUUUUCUCUCUCUCUUUCUCUCUCUUUCUCUUAUUUUCUCUCUCUCUUUUUUUCUCUCUCUUUUUUUCUUUCUCUCUCUCUCUUAUUUUUCUCUCUCUCUUAUUUUUUUCUCUCUCUUUUUUCUCUCUCUUUCUUCUCUCUCUCUCUUUUCUCUCUCUCUCUUUCUCUCUCUCUUUUUUCUCUCUCUUUCUCUCUCUCUUUUUCUCUCUCUCUCUCUCUCUCUCUUUUUCUCUUUUCUCUUCUCUCUCUCUCUUUUUUUUCUCUCUCUCUUUUUUUCUCUCUCUUUUCUCUCUCUCUUUUUUUUUUCUCUCUCUCUCUUUUCUUUUUUCUCUCUCUCUUUUUUCUCUCUCUUCUUUUUCUUUCUCUUUCUCUCUCUUAUUUUCUCUCUCUCUUCUCUCUUAUUUUUUUCUCUCUUUUUUCUCUCUCUUUUUUCUCUCUUCUCUUUUCUCUCUUACUUUCUCUCUCUUUUUUUCUCUUUCUUUUUCUCUCUCUUUUUUUUCUCUCUUAUUUUUCUCUCUCUUUUUUCUCUCUCUUUUUUUUCUCUCUCUUUUUUUCUCUCUCUUUAUUUUUCUCUCUCUCUCUUUUUCUCUCUCUUCUUUUUUUCUCUUAUUUUUUUCUCUUUCGUUUUCUCUCUUCUUUUCUCUCUCUUUUUUCUUCUUUCUUUUUUCUCUUCUUUUUUUUCUUUCUCUUUUUCUUCUCUCUCUCUUUCUUUUCUUUUCUCUUUCUUUUUUUCUCUCUUUUUCUCUCUCUCUUUUCUUCUCUCUUUCUCUCUUCUCUUUCUUCUCUCUCUCUCUCUCUUUCUUUCUCUUUUUUUUCUUCUCUCUUUUUCUCUCUUUUUUCUUCUCUUUUUCUUUCUCUCUUCUCUUUCUCUCUCUCUUAUCUUUCUCUCUCUCUUAUCUUUCUCUCUCUCUUAUCUUUCUCUCUCUCUUUCUUUCUCUCUUUCUUAUCUUCUCUCUCUUCUUUCUCUUUCUCUCUCUCUUCUUUCUCUCUUUCUUUCUUUUUUUCUCUUCUUUUUCUUUUCUCUCCUUGAUUCUCUUUCUUCUCUUUUUCUCUCUUUUUCUCUUCUCUUUCUUUUUUCUUUCUCUCUUUCUUUCUUCUCUCUUUUUUUUUUCUCUUUCUCUUUCUUUUUUUCUCUUUCUCUCUCUUAUCUUUCUCUCUCUUUUUCUUUUUUCUCUCUCCUUCUUUUUUUUUUUUUCUUUUUUCUCUUUUUCUCUUUUCUCUCUUCUUAUUUUUCUCUCUCCAUUUAAGUUCUCUUUUUAUUUUUUCUUUCUUCAAAUUUUUUUUUUUUCUCUCUCUUCUUUUUUCUCUUUCCCUCUUUUUUUCUUAUUUUCUUCUUUUCUUUUUCUUUCUUCUCUCUCUCUUUUCUUUUGGAUUUUUUCUUUUGUCUCUCUCUUUUCAUCUUUUAGUCUUCUUUCUCUCUCUUUAUUUCUGUUCUUUCUUAUCUUGUUCUCUCUUAGUUUUCUCUCUAUCUUUCUUUCUUUUUCUUUUCUCUUUCUUUACUCUUCUCUUUUUUUUUUUUUUCUUUCUCUCUUUUUAUUUUCUCUCUCUUUUUUCUCUUAA